UUUGCGGCGUUAGUCCUCGCGUCUAAUUGCUUUUUCUUUGUGAAAAUGUCUGUUUUUCAUGACGAAGUUGAAAUCGAAGACUUUGAAUACGACGAAGACACCGAAACAUAUUACUUUCCCUGUCCCUGUGGAGACAAAUUCGCCAUAAGCAAAGAGGAGCUGGAAAAUGGCGAGGACGUGGCCACGUGCCCGAGCUGCUCGCUCAUCGUCAAAGUCAUCUAUGACAAGGAGGCUUUCAUGUCGGGGGAAAUCGUCGAGGCUCCAUCAGAAAGCAAAGUGGCACUGGUUAGCGCCUGACCCGGACUGCGCUUUAAGACUAUAUCAUUUUAAAUUAUUGUUAUCGUUUGGAGGUCGGUGAUGUGAUCAACUGACGAAACCCGCUGUCCCAAAAACCACAGAAAUUGCAAAGCAGGAACAACUGCUGUUUACUUUUCUUUUGUGUUUGCUUGGUUGAGCUUCAGUGUUCAGCGUCAGAAAAGUGUCAAAAUGUAAAUAAAUGUCAUCGUUUGUGUUAUAAAGAAAUAAAGUGUCUUGAUGCCUAAACUA